GAAUAUAAUUUAAAUAUGGAUAAUACAACAACUCAGACAAUUUUGCGAGACAUACAGAAUGCAUUUAAAACAGUUACGAAUAAUACGGAAAAUAUUUACAAAAUUGUGCCGAAUAUGUAUAAUAUAACAGAUAUAUAUAAUCAUCGAACUCUCAUAUUUAAAAUACCAGAUCAACGAAAUGGAUAUUCUAUGUUAUAUAUGAGUCGCAAUAAUCUUAUGGAGCCUGUAUUUCCAAAUCUCUCCACGCAAUAUAUGAGCGAUAUGAAGAAGAAGAUUCAUAGAUUUAAGCAGACAAUUAUUGUGAACAACAAAGAUAUUACCAGCGGAGUCGUUAUAAAAGCAGGUGAGAAUGAACCAUUGGCAAUAGAGCAUACACAAAAAAAUGAUUGGAGCAUUUUUGGAUUAGACGGUUGGACAGGAGAAUUGUCAUCUCCAGUUAAUUCUGCAACAAACUCAAAAAAUGAUGAAUACCCUGCAGUUGAGAUCUUAAAUAAUUUUACAUCCGAAGAUAUAAAAGUUGGUCCUGAUUUGAUUAACGAGAGUAAAUAUAGUGACGAUCCUUACAAUCUAUCCAAAAUGAAGCUAGAAGAUUCUAACAUUUAUAUAGCUCGCGCAAAUGACCCUUUUGGUUAUUCCACUAAAUGGGAGUUUCGUAACAAUACCGCAAACAGCUUCGUGGAUCCAAAUGAAAGAAAUAAAUCUGUUGAACGCUUUAAGCGUGACGUUAUCGAGCUUUACUCUAUGAUAAAAUGUUCAACUGGCUGUGAUCCACUUAUUUAUAAGGGGUAUGGCUGCUACUGUGGCUUUUUGGGUUCCGGUAUACCAGUAAAUGGAGUUGAUCGCUGCUGUAAGAUUCAUGACAAAUGUUACGAACAAAGUAACUGUAUUUCGUACUUAGAAUAUUUUGUACCUUACGUUUGGAAAUGUUAUCGUGGGAAGCCUUUAUGUGCUAUCGAUCAUGGUGAAUGGGGUGGUCCACAAUCUUGUGCAUCACGGCUAUGUUAUUGUGAUUUGCGGUUAACACGUUGUUUGAAACAGUUUACAUGUCCACGACGUAGAGCUGUCUGCCGUUCAUCUACUGCACGGCAAUUACAAAAUUUACUUUUUGCCAAAUAAAAAUAUAGAAUAUAAAUAAAAUCU